AUGUGUCUCAUGAUCAUUAAGCAUGACAUUCUUGAGGUCUUUAGGGGUACUAUAUCGAAAGAUAUAACUAAUAUCAAAGAUUUUCUUGCUGAGAUUGAAAAUCCCUUUAAGAAACGCGAUAAGGCGGAAACGAGUACUCUUCUUCAAAACUUGAUUUUCAUGAAGUAUCAAGGCAAAAGAAAUAUAAGGGAAUACAUUGUGAGCAUGUCAAAUAUUAUUUCAAAACUUAAGGUACUAAAGCUUGAGUUGUCUGAAGAUUUUCUCAUUCAUUUAGUAUUUCUUUCUCUUCUUUCACGGUUUCGUCAGUUUAAGAUAUCUUAUAAUUGUCAGAAGGAUAAAUGGUCUCUUAAUGAGCUCAUUUCAUUUGGUGGUGCAAGAAGAGGAAAUGAUGGAAUAGGAUAA